UAUUAUUUGCAGGAUGUGUCGAGUGUACAGUGUCAGCAGUAAGAAAUUGGUGAGUCGUGUUAGCAAAGCCCAGUUGCCUGUUCCUGAUAAUUCUGACCUACAUGGCAAGGUGGUGCGCCUCUUCCAUGAUGACACGCUUAAAUCCUUCUUCAGGCGACUCUGCUUCUCGCCAGACGGACAGCUUCUAAUAGUGCCUUCCGGUAUUAUUGAAAAUCCUAACAGUGAUAAGAACAGCAAUGCUGCUUUUAUUUUCACACGGCGCAUGUUUAACAGGCCUGCUGUUUACCUCCCUUCAAAUAACCAACACACAGUUGCAGUGCGAUGUUGCCCCCUACUUUUUGAGUUGCGGGACAGGGAGUCUAUGUUCGCACUUCCAUACAGGAUGGUACUUGCAGUGGCGACUCAGAAUUCUGUGCUGCUUUAUGACACACAACAACCCGAGCCAUUUGGCAUCGUCUCCAACAUCCAUUACACUCGUCUCACAGAUCUCACUUGGUGAGUAGCUGUCAUCUUCUUCCAUGU